GUGGUAUAGUCCUCGAAAUAAGUUCCGUCCGACAAUAAUAAUUGAAAUAAUGUGCAAGUCAGUUUAUAUAUAUCUUCCCAUAUUGGCAUUGCUCAGCAUAAUGCAGUUAAAGAAAGCCGAAAAGUCGAAAAAAUUCGAUAAUUUCUUCGAUGGGAUAAAACGAGCCAACAGUGAAAAGAAAAUAUUCGAGGGAUCCAUGACAGUGGAGAAAGAAACAAAUACCAAAUUCACCCUUACAGCAGAAUUGGAACAGCUUGUUGAGUUGAACAAUGACUAUGAGGUUGAAAUCAUCGCCAAUCGCGCAGACUUGAGUAGUCCUGAAAAGUACGAAGUGAUUUUUGAAAUGUCUAGGACUCCAUUUUGUGAUUUCAUGGACUUCUUCUAUCCUUUGAUAUAUGAUGCAUUCCAAAACUAUUCGAAUAUACCACCUCCCGAUUCUUGUCCUUUUAAUCCAAAAAAGUAUACUGUGACUAAGGCACCCUAUGAUGCGGAACCUUUCAACUCAAUGACAAAAUCAGGCAAUCUUCGUUUGGAUGUGAAUUUAUAUAAAGGUGAUGACAAAGUCGAAGAAUUGCAGUUUUUGAGCCACGUUACAGAGAUGGAGGACUCUAAAUAAUGGUUUAAUAUUUCACUUUUACCGUACAGUACUCGAUAAAGCCCUGUAUGCCUUUCAAUUCAAUAAUAAUACAGCUUUUUGUUGAAGAAAACGACACCUCAAGCAUACUGAGUUUAUAGGUUCCAAAAAGCUUUCUACUUCCGUUUUCCCUAAUUCUAAAUUUUAUUCUUUAAUAACAAACCACGAGUAAUAAAAUAUUCGACUUUAUUGAAA